GCUACCACCAUUCACGAGGUGGAUGUUCUUAUCUUUUUUUGAAGAUGCUGAUUUGUUGAUCCUCCCUGCAGGUAUCAUGGAUGCGGGUGAAAAUGCACCUGCUGGCGAGGGAGGCGCCACUCACCCCACCCCACCCCACCCCCGCCCGGCUGCAGGGCGCAACACCUCAACUGACGCAGACGCAUCGGCCACUGGAUCUCUCUUCUCCCACCGAGGGCCCUGGCAGUCUCUGAUAUGAUCCGCAGACCCGUGCUCCUCUGUGGGGGGUGCGCCCUGAUCCUUUUUCUAAGUCUGGGCGCAGAGAGCAGCCGCCGAUGGGGGGAGUCUGUGACUUUCCGCCGGAGUCAGACAGGUGAGAGCCGGGGCAGGAGGGACACCGACCCUCCGACCCCUUCUCACGGUCCUGCCUUCCCCUCUUGCCAACUUCCACUCACCCCGACCGAACACGCGGUUCUGGAUGACAACACACACGAGACAGGAUUCAAUGGUGAUGAUGGCUCCUAUGUGAUUCUCACGUGGGUGGGAGAUGAGACUGGAGUGAUUCUGGUGCUUUCAACCAUAAGUACUCCGCUUGACUCGUUUUUAGAAGGAGGCUCAUCUCGGCUUUACAGGAGUACCGACUAUGGCAAGUCCUUUCAUGACAUCUCCUACCUCAUCAACCGCACCUUCAUCAAAGAGGAGUUUGGAGUCAGCGUUGGACCGGGGAGCUCAGUGAUUCUGACUGCAGACAUACCUAUCGUUGGACAUCCAGGUGGGCUCAUCUUCACCUCCAAAGAUGCUGGGGCAACAUUCAGAUCCAUCCAGCUGCCCUUUCACCUGGCUCAGCCAAUCACGUACCACUUCCUGAACCCUGAUUACCUGGUGGCCCUCAGCAUAGAUGGCGGCCUCUGGCUCUCCCUGGACUUUGGUGCUAAAUGGACUAAAGUUCAUGAUGGGGUGUAUUCUUUCUCAUGGGGAGCAGGUAUAAACUUAUUCUUCAGCUGCAGCCAAGUCGAUGCAGUUGAGGCAGAGGACAGAGGAGAUUUAACGUUGAAGACGACGAAGGAUCUGGGGAAAACGUUCACCAUAAUUCACCAGGACAUCUACAGUUUUGGCUACAUCGGUGCUUUUCUCUUCUUCUCUGUGAUGGAGGACUCGAGGUCUCCUCGUGAGAUGUAUUUCUCCUCAGAUCAAGGCGAAACCUUCAGCCAAGCCUUACUGCCUUCUGCAUCCACCGAGCAGUUUUACUCCAUCCUGGACGGAGAUGAGGAUAUGCUCUUUAUGCAUGUGGACAACCCAGGAGACACCUACUUCGGGACCAUGUACACCUCGGACGACCGCGGGAUCUUGUUUUCCAAGUCGCUGGAGCGCCACCUGUUUGACGGGCAGAGGAAAAGUGAUUUCACCAAUAUUACAUCACUGAGAGGAGUUUAUCUCACCAAUAGAUUAGACAUCGACGGCCGAAUAAGAUCGGUUAUUUCCUACAACAGAGGAGGGACGUGGAGACAGCUCAACAAACCAGACAACGUUGACUGUGAAGAGCGUGUGAAGAGUUGUAACCUACACAUCCAUGGAGAACACAGCCGUAACAUCCGGAUCGUACCCAUGCUGGCCCUGUCUGAGCCAACCGCUGUCGGUCUCGUUAUCGCUCACGGCUCCGUGGGUGAUUCCUUGUCCUCGACGCAGCACCCAGACGUGUUUGUUUCAUCAGACGGAGGGUACAACUGGAAGGGGACAUUAAGGGGCCCUCACCAUUACAGCAUACUGGACUCUGGGGGUCUCAUUGUAGCUGUGGAAGUCCACCAUGAAGGACAAGUUAAAACUAUCAAGUUCACCACGGACGAAGGCCAGUGCUGGAAGUCGUAUAACUUCACCGAGCAGUCCUUCUUCUUCGCAGGCCUGGCGUCUGAGCCGGGAACCAAGGCCAUGAGUGUCAGCGUGUGGGGCUACCGUCCCGAGGAGGACGGCCAGCCCAUGUGGGUGGCCGUCACCAUCGAUUUCCAGAGCUUCAUUACCAGAGAAUGUAGUGACCAGGACUACGAAGAGUGGCUUGCCCAUUCCACGGAGGAGGCCAUCCCGGAGAGAAACGGCUGUGUUCUGGGAAUGAAGGAGACUUACAGGCGGUUGAAGAAGCAGUCGGUGUGCAGAAACGGGCGAAACUUUGUGGUGCACAAGAAACAAAGCCCCUGCUCGUGCACCAGGGAGGACUACAUAUGUGACUACGGCUAUUAUCUUCAUCCAAAUACCUCUGAUUGUGUGAGAGAACCAAGCACUCCAAAUAAAACCCUUGAGCUCUGUCUGAACGGCGAGGAAGACGAGCUUCUGACUGAAGGGUAUCGGAAAGUACCAAGUGACAGGUGUGAGGGGGGGUUGUAUCCUCAUCUUAAAGUCCCAACAGUCAUCAGACCGUGUGAAACUACAACCAGCCCUGGCCCUAUCACCGAAAAAACAUCUCCAGACACAUACUUUGACACACCAAAUGAAAGGCUGGUCCUGGUCCUGGUGUGUACAGGAGCUGUGGCGAUCGCCCUGGGAGCUGUUGUCUCUGCGCUGCUUGCUGUCAGGAAGGUGGUCAACAGAAGCAGGGCACCAAUAUAUCGUUUCUCUAAUCUUCGCCUCCAAGAAGACAAUAACGGGGGUGCAGCUGAUGUUGAAAGUGCCACCAGCAGUAAUGGAACAGCCUGCCAACCAGAUUCAGAUGAUGAUCUUCUUCACUGACAAAGAGACGACGGCACAAAAAUAGAGACUUCUGUCAAUAUGAAUGUAAAGAAUGUAAAAAUAACUACUGCUAAUUUAUUAAACUCAGCCUUUUUUUUCUUUUUUUCCCUUCUUUCUCAGUUUGCCUUGACUUCUGUUGUGACUUGUACGGCAUUUUUAAUGUUAUUUAUUUGUAUUGAUUGUUUUGCACCAGGUAUGUUUCUUUCUUUUUUAAGAAAACCUGAAAUAAUCCUGUACAAAAUUCUUUUAAAUCAUCUGACUGAUUUGUUGCUGUUUAGAGUAGUAGCCCAAAAAUAUGAAUAAGCAUUUUUAGUCAAGUCUGGUGUGUAUUUAGCAUUGGAAAAAAAAGAACUAUAAACAGUAAAGUAUGUUCAUUUACAAAGCCAUAUUUUUUAAAUUUCUAUUUAAUAAUUAAUUUGCAUAAUUAUCAUUAUAGAUAGUAUCGUCUUAAUAUACAUGACAGAAUACAUUUGAGUCAAUAGAUCCAUCCAGUUUAUUCCCUGAGCAGUGUCUUGUUCUCCGCAAGAGGGCAGUCGCAACGCGUCUCAUCUGUCUCAACCAGAAGAAGAAGGGCUGCGUUUACGUGAACAGAGAUUUUCUAUAACAGAUGACUCACGCGCACAAAAUCUUCCAGCGAGAUGAAGUUAGAUGUCUGCUCCAUGGGCCACUUAUAGCAAUAUGAUUUUUUUAAUGUAAUUAUUUUGUCAUCGAUAUAUAUUUAUUUUCGAAUUCGCAUAUUUAUUUGUUUUUUGUGGAAACGAACACUUUUGCCUAUCCAUUAAAAAAAUUUACGUUUCCGUAAGGGGUUUUAAUAAUAAAAUUUUCAUUUGUCAAAAGUCUAAUAAUAUUAUCGUUGACAUUCAGGAACCUUUCCUGAAAUGACCAGAUGAAACAACGUUUGCCGUUAUUUGUUCAUUUAUUUAUUAUCUGUAUAUUUGGUGUUUCAAACUGUGUCAAAUAAAUACAAAAAUGUAA